AUGACCGUGUUUCUAUAAUCUUAAAUAUAAAUAAACCAUAAUCUUGUAAAAAUAAAAUAAUAACCAAAAUGUUCAUUUUUCUGUGUAUAUAACGGUCACAAUGGAGUUAAUUAUGCUGAUUUUUUAAAAUAUAAUUUACAUUAAUAUGUAAUUCAAUAAUCUUCUUUUCCUUAAAAUCCUAUAGAUGCUUUAAUAUAAGGUUUCGAUUAAUGUGAAUAAGCAUUUUCAUAAUUAGAUUUAAAUAAUGCAAACUAAAUUGAUAGAAGUGGCUCAUGUGCAUUAGUUCUUUUAAUUGUUGGCGAAAUUAUCUAUGUUGCUAAUGUGGGAGAUUCAAGGCCUGUUUUAAGUGUAAAAUUUGGAUAGAAAGUUAGUUCUUUAUUAAAAGAUCAUAAACCGGAUUAAGAAUAUGAAAAAAACCGGAUUUUAUAAGCUGGAGGUAGAAUAUAUUAUUAAAGUAAAUUUAUUCUUUUUUUUUAUUGA